UAGGCAUUAAAUGAUUGUAUUGUUUAUGUUAUGAAACGUAUUGUUGUUUUGAUUGCAAACAAAACACAAUUUCGUUUAAAUCAUCGGUUUUUCAAUUGAGUUAAGCGUUGAUCCGUCGGGUGAUAGACAAGAGAGACAAUAAUGCCGUCGAUUGGCCAGUGGUUAGGCGUGGAUAAGGCCAUCAAACUGUACCGUAUUGUCAGACAUAACGGCGGUAUCAUUGGAUCCCUUAAGAAGGUUUACAGAAUGGAUGAGCUGAAGAUCGGAACACUGGUCGGAGUGGACAAAGCGGGCAAUAAGUACUACGAGAACAACGAGUACUUUCACGGCCGGAAC